CAUAGAUUGCGUGUUUUUAUUUAAAGCGCGCGAAGUGUUCAAUGUAUUACAAUCGUCUAUCUUUUGCAUUAAAGUCUCCUCAUCACAAUCGAUGCUACAGCUCGAGAAUCGUAGACUACGAUUGGCUAAUAAGAAAAUAGCACAGAUAAUCUAUUAGACGAAAUACAACGUGCUUCAUACCGUAGCAGAAUACUACGUUGUGAUUGGUCAACGGUUAGCGACAAACAUAUAAAGAUAACGCGCCGUAUACAUAGUUAGAUGGGAGUACUAUUUCGUCGUACAAAUAAAUGACACGCAAUAGUGAAGAACCAAUAAAAAACGAGGCGCAAAUACGUGUUUUUUUAUAAAUUAAGUGGUCAAACACAAAAACAUUUCCUCGUACAUCAUUUGUAACGGUUUGCAAAACAGUCGUGUGUCGUAGCAGUGUGUGAUAACGUGAAAAUCGAAUGUUUUGAUGUCGCGAGGCAUGACCACGGCAUGACUUCCAUGCCCUGCGUACCUACGGAAGGGCGUGCGGUGCGAAUUACGUUUACUAUGAAUGAUUUUAUCUCUUUCUAAACUCGAGUGUCUGUGAAUGACCGAGUGUAACAGCGAGCGUACCAAAUUAUGGAUUGAAAUAGUGUUUGUUGUUGAUGUAUUAUGAUUAUUUCGCAAAGAUAAGAUUUUUAACAUUAGUGUUAUCGUGUUAGUGAGGAAUCGCCGCAGUUUUGCCCACGGAAUAAAUUCUUAUGGUACUACGUCGGAUUCGUUACGCCGUUCGAUUUAUCAUAACGAGGUACUAUUUACGCACUAUAUGGUGAUUAUUUUAAGUAUUUUUAGUCGUGGCGCGUGUCCGCCGACGGUGUUUUACUAUUCGUCGUUUAUUAGGGUGACUUUCAUCAUUGGUGUAAACAACUUCAAGGUUAUCGGUUGGCAUGUGCCAGAGUCGUUAGGUGCGGGACUGGGAUGCAGGAGUGAUGUCGGCGGCGGGAGGCGGGGGCGCGGGCGCCGUGGUGCGCCAAGGGCAACUGCGGAAGCUGAAGACGAUGAAAAAGAAGUACUUCGUGCUGCGCGCGGAGACCCCGGAAUGUUCUGCCAGGCUGGAGUACUAUGAGUCGGAGAAGAAGUUCCGCGCGGGAGUGGCGCCGCGCAGAGUGCUGCCGCUCAAGAGCUGCUACAACAUCAUGCGGCGGCUGGACCUCAAGCAGAAGCAUGUGAUCGCACUGUUCACGCGAGAGGAGCAGUUCUGUGUCGUGGCGGACAAUGAGCAGGACCUGCAUGCCUGGCUGACUGCCAUCCUGAAGCAGCACCGCAGUGAUGACGCCAGUGACGAGCUGCUUCAUCCCAUACAGCAUGUGUGGCAAGUAAACGUCCAGAAGAAAGGCCUGGGUGCGACGAAGAACAUCCAGGGUCUGUACAACCUGUGCCUCACGGACAAGACCCUCACCCUGGUGAAGAUCAAGAGUCACAAUAACGUGAUCAGCGAUCUUGGUCUACUGGAGCGGGUUGAAUACUCCUUGAAGAAUAUUCGGAGAUGUGGCGAUUCCGAGCGUUUCUUCUACAUGGAGGUGGGGCGGCAGACGACGACCGGUGCGGGAGAGCUCUGGAUGCACACUGAUGACUCAAACAUCGCGCAGAGCAUGCACUCCACUAUAUACCAUGCAAUGCGUGACUGUGCGAAAGAGACAGAAAAUGAGCGCGACCACAUCGUGUUGCCGAAGGGGCCCGGCGACAACACGUUGCCGGCCCGACGCCAAUCAUAUUCCGACGGUAGGGGCCGGGCCGGUCUCACUAACGAGAAGGGCCUGUGCGUGGGCUCGUGCAUUAGGCAGUGCGUGUGCGCCAGCGCCACCUACUCCAUCGACGAGCCGCCCCUCGCCCCGCCGCCGCACAACGCCGACAGCCAGAAUAACACACUAACAGACAAAACUGACAACCCGGUUCGCCUCAUCAAACAUCAUCGGACAGAGUCCCUUCCAACUGGGUACCCUCUCUUCCAAGAACCUCUGAAGAUCUCCCACGGAAGAACAAGGUCUGAGCCUUUGACCGGGGAAGAAGUAGAUCGCGUGCUCGUUGAGAAAGGAGUGACGCACUCCUCGUGCAAGGCCAUCAAUGGAACGGACACACUGCCCAAGAAGACGCAGUGGUCGAGGCGGGCCUCGACGGGGACGCGGUUACAUAAACUGUCGCCGGCUCAUACUAAGAACGCGGAGACGUUACGGAACCGAUGUGUUAGUAUGCCGUCAAGGGCGUGUUCAUCGUUUGAAGUGGACAGACCUUCUUCGAGAUACCCAGAUACUGAUGGUUUGGAAGUGUCUCGUGACGAGGCAGACGCAGUGACGGACUGGUAUCGGACGCCGCGCAUUCCUGAGGAACCAGACUGUUGCGACAUAUCUAGAGACUUUAUGAGCUCGUCCCUAGUGGGUGCGGGAUCAGUAGCCCACUCGCGCACGUCGUCAGUGGGCGAGGCGGGCGCCGGGUACCUGCCCAUGGCGCCCGGGCACGACCCGCUCGCGGGGCUUAUCUCCGCCUCUAGCGGGUCCCUCUGUAGCGGGACCCCCUCCACAGACCCACGGUUUAGUGAGUACCAGCUAGAGCCCGCCACCUCCCACAUCGGAUUAGAGCGCCCCCCGCGAGCCUAUAGCGUGGGGUCUCGGCCGGCCGGGGCCCCCGCGCCAGAGGCCCGCCACCGCGCCUACAGCGUGGGGGCCCGGGCACGACCCCCGCGGCACCCAGUGCGACCCAACACUGAUGACCACAUGGAAAUUGACUUCUCCAAUAAUUCCCCUGCGAACAGGCUAUCAUCUCAAGUCAUAUCGCGCACCCCACCGACGGCGUGCUUCGUAGAGCCGCGACCGAAAACGAACGUGGACGAGUACGUGGACAUGUCGCCGCGCAACGCGGGUUACGUGGAGAUGCGGCCCGGCGAGCCCCGCGCGCGCACCCCGCCGGCCUCUACCCCUAUCCCCGUGGCCCCCGUGACCCCCGCCACGCCGGCCACGCCAGAUGGGUACGUGGAGAUGCACUACGGUCGUGCGGCCACGCGGCCAAUCGCCAUCGGUGCCCCCCGCCCCCCUCCCCCGCUGGCCGCGUCCCCGGACGAGCGCCGCCGCCGCGAGCCGCGCACGCCGCACGGCUCGCAGACACUGUUCGACAUGUCGCUGGACUCGCCCGCCUCGCCGCAAGAUGCAGACACUGACAUACUGGAGGAGGACCCGCCACACCACCCGCUCACUACCGUGCGGGAGAUAUCCGAGGACGGUCGCCGGAGCCCCGAGGUGGUGCCCGCAGCCCCGCGACGGAGCCCCGAGGUGUCGGUGUCACCGCAGUAUGUGACGCUGGCCCUGACGGCGGCGCCCCCUAAGACGCCGGAGCCCUGCGGAGAUGAGCUGUCCUGUAACCCCACCGCUAAUAAGACUAUCACUAGGGUACCUGACCCUAUCGAAACUAGAGGCAGCGAGGCGGGCGGCGCGGCGCGCGUGGUGGCGGGCGGCGGCGCGGCGGCGCGGUUCAGCGUGGAGGGCCGCCCGCUGAACUACGCGGCGCUGGACCUGGAGCCGCGCCGCGCGCUGGCCGCCGCCCAGCAGCGCGCCUACACGCAGAUCGACUUCAUUCGCAGCGAGAAGCUACACGUCGCCGACACGUAGGGGCCUACUGACAUUAUGUAGCGAUAGUGAAUUCGGUUGCCGUUAUUGAUAAGCUGUGAAUGUGUCAAAUUAAUGCGUCAGACUGAAUCUUUUGUCGCGGUUUUGAUUGGCUGGGACGAUAAGUCGCAUCUGUACCUUUUUAAAUAACCGACUUCAUAAAAAAAGGAGGUUUUCAGUUUUACUUGUGUGUGUUUUUAC